AUUUUUUUGGCCUCUUCCAGCACCAGCGAGAAUCGAAGAAUGUCGGGCAUCCCUGUGGGCGGUGGCAAGGGCGGCAAAGGCGGCAAGGGCGGCAAGGGCGGUAAGGGCGUGACUUCCAAGAAGGCGCCGCAGUCGCGCUCGAGCCGCGCCGGCCUCCAGUUCCCCGUCGGCCGUAUCCACCGCUUCCUGAAGAAGCGCGUGGCCAACAACCAGCGCAUCGGCGCGACGGCGGCCGUGUACACGGCCGCCAUCAUGGAGUACCUUACGGCCGAAGUGCUCGAGCUGGCAGGCAACGCGUCGAAGGACCUCAAGGUGAAGCGCAUCACGCCGCGCCAUUUGCAGCUCGCGAUUCGAGGUGACGAAGAGCUCGACACGCUCAUCAAGGCCACGAUCGCCGGUGGCGGUGUCAUCCCGUACAUCCACAAGUCUCUUGUCGGCAAGAUCAUGCCCAAGAAGAAGCCUAUGUAAACACUCUUUCUCUGCCCGACGCGCCGUCGUUGGUUCCUCAUUUAUCCGAUGCAUCGCGUCCGAGCGUCGAUGCUGUUUAUAGUAGUGCGUUAACCUGCAAUGAACGCCCAUAUCACGUGAGCAUGCACCCUCG